CCUCACUACUGUCAUACUGGUAUAAAUCCACCUCUGUAUAUUUAGUCAGCCCUUUCCUCCACGCAAAGCAGCCGUGUCUUCGAGUCCAGGCUACAAAGUAGCUUCGACUUCUGUUCUUCAGUCAUGGCUGACCAGGCUUUUGUGACGUUGGCUACCAAUGACAACUAUGCUAAAGGAGCCAUGGUUUUGGGCAAGUCCCUGCGCAACCACAACACAUCCAAGAAGCUGGUUGCACUCAUCGGCCCGCAAGUGUCCGAGCCUUGCCAGUCCGUGCUGAAGAGCAUCUUUGAUGAGGUGAGAGUGGUGGACGUGUUGGACAGUGGCGACACGGCACACCUGUCUAUGAUGAAGAGGCCCGACCUCGGUGUCACCUUCACCAAACUCCACUGCUGGACCCUCACACAUUACUCCAAAUGUGUUUUCAUGGACGCAGACACACUGGUGCUUUCAAAUAUAGAUGAGCUGUUUGACAGAGAAGAAUUGUCAGCUGCUCCCGACCCUGGCUGGCCCGACUGCUUCAACUCUGGCGUGUUCGUUUUUCGUCCCUCUGUGGAGACUUAUGGCAAACUGCUUCAGUACUGUACAGAACAUGGCAGCUUUGACGGAGGAGACCAAGGUGUUUUGAAUGGCUUCUUCGGUGACUGGGCAACAGCUGACAUAUCAAAACACCUCCCUUUCAUCUACAACCUCAGCAGCAUAGCCAUCUACACUUACCUUCCAGCAUUCAAGCAAUAUGGUGGCAAUGCAAAGGUGGUCCAUUUCCUAGGGAAGACCAAGCCAUGGAGUUGCACAUUUGACGCCAAAUCCAAACAGGUUGUAGGGAGUGUGCAUGAGGCCACCACACACCCCAGCUUCCUAAAGGAUUGGUGGAUUCUGUACUCGAGCACCGUGGUGCCAAUGCUGCAGGAGCAAUAUGGAGACAAGCCUUUCCACUCUGGAGUUGUUGAGCGCUUUUCCAACUGUCUUCCUAUUGAACCGAUAAAGUUCCAGCACAGUGACAAGAUCACUUUUGAGAGUGGAAAGCAUGAGGAGAGCAGCUCUUCACACUCACAUGCAGUCCAAUCCCAGCAGUUCCAGGUCUCCUCAGAAGAAAGGAAGCAGAAAUGGGAGCAAGGUCAGGCAGACUACAUGGGAAUGGACUCAUUUGACAAUAUCAAGCGAAAGCUUGACAAUUUCCUCAAAUGAAUAAGGAAUGUAGCAGGAUAUCAGAAGAGCAUUUGCAGUUCAACAAACAGUCACCACAGGUCUUUCGAGAAAAUACUGUAAAACAGGUUGCAUUAAUUUCCUUCCUAUAAAUUUUUCUGAACCAGAAAUGAGUUGAAUCUCUCCCUACACCAGCACUACCCCCUCCACACUCCAAAGACGGCAAUGUUAUAAUGUGUGACGAAAGGUUAAAUACUAUAUAUUAUCUAUGCAAGUCUGUCAUUACUACAUUGUGAGGAAGGUCAAGCAAGAUUUAAAACAUAAAUUCAUUUGCAUUAAACACUUUGUUAUUGUUCAUGUUCAUAAUGCUCUUUUUGGAAAGAGGAGAUGGCAACAAGUUGAACUGGGUCUUUAUAUCUGUGUGACUAAGGUUUGCACAGUUCUUACAUGUACAUUCUUCAUUUUUCCUUUAAUUUUUUUUUUUACUAUGCAGUCAUCUAGCAUUCUUCUGAGCUUUAAUGUUUUAAUUUCUCAGAAGUUAAUAUCUCUUGCUUUUGAAUUGAAACAGCCUCUACUUAACAUAGAUGAAAAACAUGUUUACAGCACUUCUGAAGGCCACCUAGUAUGGUCAUGGAGCCAUAUGUAUACUGAACACUAAAUCCUCUGUGCCUUUAGUGUCACUACUGCUCUCUCUACUGCUGUCAUCCUAUCUGUUCUUGACUAGCGCCUCUUGAUAUUUUCUGUAGAUGAUUAGGUUUUUACUUUGCUGGCGUUUUACUUGACCAGGAUGUUGGCUGUACAACAAAAAACUUGCAUCUGGAAACAUUAAAAACACUGAAUUGG